UCGUCUCCUCAUUCCAGCGAGAUCGCCUCAGCCAUCCUGCCUCAAAGCAUAAGCACUUAAGCAGGACAGCCGCCCACCCCGGACUCCCGUGCCACUGGGCUGGGCGUGGAUUCCGCGAAGAUCUACCCGGACUCCCACAGGUUCAGUAAUGACAUUACUGGAUUAUAUUGACUUGGACUAUGAUGAGUAUUAUGUCAAAUUAGAUGUUAUUGAUUUGACCACUUAUGAAGAUAGCGUCGAAAAAGAUGGCAAUGUUGAAGAAGAAGAUGAUGCUAACGUUGCUCAGUCUGAAAAUGUAGCUGAAGCUGCAGCAUCCCCGCCAAUUUCAGAACAAGAUGCUACUGGUACAACAUGCUUGUCAAAGUUAGAACAAGAACUAGGUGGUACAACAUCUUUGUCGAUGGUAGAAUAUGGUGCCGCCACAUUCCCAUUAAAGGCAGAAGAAGCUAUGCAGCCUGAAAAUCAGGUGUUUCUUGCAACAAGUGAUGUUGCAAAAGAGGCUAUGCAGUCUAGGAGUCAUGAGCUUAUUGUAGCAAGUGAUUGUGUGGGCAAAGCUAUGCAGUCAGAACAUGAGGCCGAAGUUGUCCUAUUCUUGUCAGUGACAGAGCAAGGUGCUGCCACAUCUUUGUUAUUAAAAAAUCAAGGUACUAUCACAUCCUCAUUAAGUGAAAACAAGGCCGUGCAGUCCAAAGAUCAGGUGUUUGUUGCAGCAGUUGAUUGCGCAAAAGAGGCCACAAGAUCUGAAAGUACAGAGAAAGUUGUUGUGUCGCCAUCAAUGACAGAAGGGGGUGCUACCUGCAAAUGCCACAAUGUGGGGCAAUUAUGCUGCCCUCAUAUCGUGCAAGAUGGCGUUGAUUUACGUAUUUCCCAUGGUGGAGGCCAUUCACAUGGUGAAACUGGUUCCAGCACAGUACCAUGCACCAAAUCAGAAGGAUCGAUCAAGCAUGAAGGACAUAGUGGAACCAGAGUGAAGAUUAACGCUGGAAAUGCUAUGGUCAGCACAGGAAUCUAUGAUCUUCAUGAAGAACCAGAGGGAGACACUGAGAAGGAUGAGAACCGUGAUUUGGAAGCAGAAGUGGUAGUACUCUACCCGGAAGUGACCCAGGAUGUUGUUGCUGUGUCCGUGUAUCCUGGGGGCGAAGAUAAGGAGAACAAUCGGUUUGGGAAAUUCUACAACAAGAUUAAAGGAAAGAAACGAGUCAACACCUCUUCUACAGAAUGCAACACAUAGUUCAACACCGUCUAUAGUACAGGAGUGCAGCCAACGCCGUACGAUGGAAAUAAUGGAGUUAGUGUUGUAGGAAGUGUUGGGAAUAGUACGGGCAGCACAGCAAUCUGCAGUCUUAAC